UAAGGCACGUGGCGCCUAGAUACCGUUAGCAGUUGUGAGCAGCUUUGCGUCCUGCCGAAAAUGAAGCUCUUCGUCGCGCUCUUGGCUGUCGGGCUGCCUGCCCUGGCCGCCGCCCACUCCUGGAUCGUCUGUACGGACUACCUGGAGAACAACGGCUGGUACUGGGACGAGGCCAAGUGCAGGGGGUGGCCACGAGCUGCCACGCGGUUCAAUCUUCGUUUCGGAGUGUUCGGAACGCAGAAUAAUUACACAUGGCGCCUUGACAACCACCCUGAGGAAAGGGCCCUGUGUAAGAAAAACCGAAAUGACGACAAGUGGUACGACGCUGACACUCCCAUGGCUGCCUACUACCAGGGGCAAAAGGUCGUCCUCCCCCAUCCCGCGAACAACCAUGUGGCAGAUCCCAGGUGCAAAGGAAGAGGCACAGUCGACACGGAGAACCUGAUGUUUGUAGUGAACGGAGACAAGGACCCCUGCUGUAUCAACUCGACCGACCUCAUCCAGAUAAUGGACAUGGGAGUUUCCCCUUAUGGAUUUGAUCUUCCCGACGAGGUUUUGACCACCUACCCGAAACCCGGCUUCCAGAACGUGCCCAAGUUCUGUGAUGAUCCUGAGGACGCCAUGGGGACCUACAACUUCACCAUCCCGACGGACUUGCAACCAGGUCGCCACACCUUCGUCUGGAAGUGGAUCCGUGACCCAGCAGUCAACCCCUUCACCACGUGCUGGGAGGCUGACGUGUUCGCUACUAAAGCGGAGAGAGACGCGCACUACAUAGCCACGGGUCGCUCCACGGAAGACGCGUGGGACUUCUACCAAAUCCACAACAUCGUGGAUGGGAUGAUCAUGGACCCGGUGGAUCCGUCUAUCAACGAGGUCAUCACUGGAUGAGGACAAAUAAAACUAU